AGUCAGUGGCAGACGACCCGCAGCUACGGAGGGAGGUACUGUCAAGCAGCCUCCGCGUUCCCUUGACUGAGCACUGUUGCCAAUCCAUAUUAAACUCAAUCAGCAUCACCAACCUAACCCCAGUCCUCCCUUGGUCCCACACGGUUGCCCCACUACCACAAACUCAGUAACCUAACCUCAUCUUACAUAUACGAGGGACUGCAUUCAAGCUUCAUAUAUUCGUAACUCAUCCAUUUCUACCGGGCCAGUGUGACGCGCGUCUGAAGAGUAUACUGCGCUCAAGUUAACCAUAUCCCAACCACCGUGAUCUCAAACUACCGUGAAAGCGUAACAACAGCAUUAGACCGCCUUGUCACACUCCUCCUCCCUGAUAACGUCGAUGAUUAUCUCAAGAACAGCGUGACGGAGUGAAUCUCAGCGGGACUUCCUCCCUAAUAGACUAUGGCCCGUGUUGCAUGACGGGACGCUAGCCGCUCAACACCAGCCAGCCCUGCGCCAGUCUUCGUUCCUCGCCGCGCCGCGCACACACCUUGCCUGGCUCGCUGCGCUUGGCUCUCCUCGCUCGUUCCUCGUCGUCUGUCCUUCCUGGUCAGUGAGCGCACACCUCUGCUUCGGCGACUCAGAAUGACGGGGAUGGUGGGCGUGGCUCGCAGGCCCCUCGUGGACCUGCUGGCCACGGUAUUCGGCAUCGGCGCCUGGGUGGCCAUCAACGGCCUGUGGGUGGAGCUGCCGCUGCUCGUCACGUAUCUGCCCGAGGGGUGGACUCUGCCCUCCUACCUCUCCGUCAUCAUCCAGGUGGCCAACGUGGGGCCCAUCGCCUACUCCAUCGUCAGGAGCCUGCGUCCCGACCAGCGCCCCGCCUCUGUGGUGUACGGAGUGCUGGCCCUCGGCUGCGUGGCCUCCCUCUUGCUGGCGUUGCUGUGGGACAAGACGUCAUGGGUGAACGGGACGGAGCACUCCACGGCACUUCUGUCGAUGGUGUUCCUGUUGGCGCUGGUCGACUGUACAUCCUCGGUGCUCUUCCUGCCCUACAUGGCCGUCUGGAGGGAGAUCUACCUGUCUUCCUACCUAGUGGGGGAGGGCCUCUCGGGGCUGCUGCCGGCGCUGAUGGCUCUGGGGCAGGGCGUGGGGGGAAACACCAAGUGUGCUAACGUGACCAAGUUCAACGAAACUCUGAACUUCAACUACACCGUGAUGGAGCCGGUGCCGCUCAACCCACGCUUCUCCGUGACUUCGUUCUUCUUCUUCCUGAUGGCGAUGAUGGUGGCGAGCGGCCUGGCCUUCACCCUGCUGGAGCACCUGCCCACCAUCAGGAGCGAACGCGUCGUCCACACCUUCUCGCCGAGCUUCAGCGUGACUGUACUGGACGCCUCGCAGUCCAACGCCCACCUGACCAGCAUGCCCACCGUGGCCAAGGAGAAGGGAGGCAUGUCCCGCUCCGUCUACUGGCUCAUGCUGGCGGGCCAAACGUGGGCCUGCAGCCUCACCAACGGCGUCCUGCCCUCCAUACAGUCCUACUCCUGCGGGGCGUACGGGAACGUGGCCUACCACCUGGCCGUCACGCUUUCCGCCCUGGCCAAUCCCGCGGCGGCCCUCCUGUCCCUGGUGCUGCCGCGGACGAAGCGGUGGCUCCUGACGGCCCUGGGCGUGCUCGGCUCCCUCAUCGCCGCCUACAUCCUGGCCACCGCCGCCCUCAGUCCCGAGCCCCCGCUCAUGGGCACCGCCGGAGGGGAGGCCCUUGUGGUCAUAGCGUGGGUGUCCUUUACGGGCGUGAUGACCUACGUGAGGGUGGAGAUCGCGAACCAGAUGCGUGAGGAGGGGCAGCGGGCGCUCUUCUGGUGUGGGGCCGUCACUCAGGUGGGCUCCGCGAUAGGGGCCGUCACCACCUUCAUCCUCGUCAACGUGUACGAGCUCUUCACGGCUUACUACCCGUGCUGAGAGGCUGCCUGCUGUUGUAUCUGGAAGGCUGUCGUUCUGCUGUAGUGUGAAAGGAGCUGUUGUAGUAUCUGUUAAAGUGAUGGAUAUUGUAUAGCUGAGGAAGGCUGUCUUUGUGUUAUAGUGAGAAAGACUUAGUGAUAGAUAUUGUGUUACCA